AUGCUACCUGAGGAUGGUCAGACUUUGGACGCUAGGAAUGCCAUUUUCCAUGAGUUGAUAGGUCAUGACGGACAUGGAAAUUGUCGCACAUACAGGAGAAUUGUGCCUCAGAGAGCGGUGUAUAAAGAUGGUACUGGGCCAUCACAGUCAACACCCCAGCCAUCGACUAUUGAUCAGAUCACGCAGCAGGUACCCACAGUGCUUGAUGAGCAGGGAGCACAACUCCUUGCAAUUGCUAUACUUAUGAUUUCGAGAACUUGGAUAUCAGAUCGCAUUGUCUCUUUAAAUAGGACGACUGUAAAGUAUGUUUUAGAGCAAGAUAAGGCGGCCUUCACUCAGUUGAUUGGUGUUAGUAUUCUUCAGAGUGCUGCAUCUUCUUUUGUUGCACCUUCUUUGAGAUGCAAACCUUUGAAUGCGCAACCUCGGAUCGGAGGCAAUUCUGCUAGACAACCUCCCUCCAUUACAUGCCCACACCACGAAUAUGACCAAGCACUAGCCAGAGCAGCCACCACCACCACCACGGCCAACGAAACCACCACGAUCAACAGCUCUUUCUUCUUUGGUCCCAAAGAAAUCAGAGCCAUUCGCAACCAUCUUCCCCACCACCACCACAGCACAACGGCCUCCACAUUCGAACUACUCACCGCGUGUAUAUGGCAAUGUCGAACACGCGCACUUUGUCUAGCCCCAGACAAGAUUGUUCGCAUCUCAUGCGUAGUCAAUGGCCGCGGCAAUAAACAUGGCCUCAACCUACCUCCUGGAUACUAUGGCAACGUGAUUACCUUUCCCACGGCGAUGACAAAGGCAGGAAUGUUAUCUAUGCUUCCAUUGGGAUAUGCAUUGGAGUUAGUAAAGAAGGCAAAGGCACAAGUGAAAGAAGAGUAUUUAAGAUCAGUGGCUGAUCUUAUGGUGAUAAAGGGACGUCCUUCGUAUACCUUGGAAGCGAAUAAGGACUAUAUCGUUUCAGAUACGACUCGGGCAGGGUUUGAUAAGGUAGAUUUCGGGUUGGGGAAGCCGGUGUUUGGCGGUGUUCCUAGGGCGAUAUCUUUGAUUAGCGUUUUUGCACGUUUUAGGGACAUUAGAGGAGGAGAAGAUGGGAUUAUGGUACCGAUAUGCUUGCCAGAAUCAGUCAUGGAUAGGUUUGAACAAGAGUUGAAGAAAACGAUGUUGCGAAGGACUGAGUAAAGAGGCCAUAAAGUUACUCCGACCCAAGAAAGGUGUAAAGUUACUCCGGCCCAUGAGGGGUAUAAAGUUACUCCGAUCCAAAAGAAUCUUGAGGUUACUCCGGUCUAAAGGAAGCUUUGAACAUAGCCCGGUUGCCGUACUCAAAGUUAGUCCACUACUGAUAACUGUUCCCCAGAAUCACUGUCCCCAAAACUGAACCCGAUACCCGCAGAUAACUGAUUCUCAUAAGCUGAUACUGAUGCCCUCAGGUCUAAUACUCAAUCUUGCAAACUGGUAUGUACGU